AUGGAAGCUAUUGUGAAGGCAAGAAAGGAAGCGAACGAGGUGAGGAAGAUGGCAAGAAACCAAGAUGCCGCGGCCGAGGAGAGGAGGUUGGCGGCCGAGGAGAGGAGGGUGGCGGCUGAGGAGAGGAAGGUGGCAUUGGUGGAGAGGAAGGUGUCCAUGGAGGGGCGAACUAGGUUGUUGGGAUGGGAGAAGUACUUGUUCUUCAUGGACACAUCUACCCUCGAUGAGAAGCAAAAGGAGUAUGUCAAUCUUGCCCGUGAAGAAGUCUUGGUCCAAAAAAGAGCCAUGGUUGGCGGUGGCAUGGGCGACAUGGUUGGUGGUGGCAUGGGCGGCAUGAGGGGCGGUGGCAUGGGCGGCAUGGGAGGUGGUGGCAUUGGCGGCAUGGGAGGCAUCGGUGGCUUCGGAGCUACCAUGGGCGGCAUGGGUGGUUUCGGAGCUACCAUGGAGGCCAUGAGAGGCAUGGGUGGCUUCGGAGCUACCAUGGGAGGCAUGAGUGUUGCUUCUCUCAUAGGAGGCAUGGGAGCACCUCCGGGCGGCAUGGGCGGAAUGUCUUCCGGUGUGCCUCACCACACACCUUUCGUUGAAGAUCUUGUCAACACCAUCUGA